AUGGCCGCGGGGAUGUAUUUGGAACAUUAUCUGGACAGUAUUGAAAACCUCCCCUUUGAACUCCAGAGAAACUUUCAGCUCAUGAGAGACCUGGACCAAAGGACAGAAGACCUGAAGGCUGAAAUUGACAAGUUGGCCACUGAGUAUAUGAGUAGCGCCCGCAACCUGAGCUCCGAAGAAAAAUUGGCCCUUCUCAAACAGAUCCAGGAAGCCUAUGGCAAGUGCAAGGAAUUUGGUGACGACAAGGUGCAGCUUGCCAUGCAGACCUAUGAGAUGGUGGACAAACACAUUCGGCGACUGGACACAGACCUGGCUCGUUUUGAGGCUGAUUUGAAGGAGAAGCAGAUUGAGUCAAGUGACUAUGACAGCUCUUCCAGCAAAGGCAAAAAGAAAGGCCGAACUCAAAAGGAGAAGAAAGCUGCCCGUGCUCGUUCUAAAGGGAAAAACUCGGAUGAAGAAGCCCCCAAGGCUGCCCAGAAGAAGCUAAAACUUGUACGCACAAGUCCUGAGUAUGGGAUGCCCUCAGUGACCUUUGGCAGUGUCCACCCCUCUGAUGUGCUGGAUAUGCCUGUGGAUCCCAACGAACCCACCUAUUGCCUUUGUCACCAGGUCUCCUACGGAGAGAUGAUUGGCUGUGACAAUCCUGAUUGUUCCAUCGAGUGGUUCCACUUUGCCUGUGUGGGGCUGACAACCAAGCCUCGGGGGAAAUGGUUUUGCCCACGCUGUUCCCAAGAACGGAAGAAGAAAUAG